GAAAGAAUAACAAACAUUACAUAAUGCGCCUGCGUGUAUGUAAAAUGUGUCAGCUAUAAAUACGCGGCUUUCAUUCGACGAAGACUAUUCCAUGUUCAAAAUACGUGUGCUUUAAUUUAUUACUUACUUAAAUAUAUUCAAAAAAUUAAGAAUGAAGAUUUUGAUUAUUGUCGGUAUACUCUUCUUUACGACGAUGACUUGCAGUUACAAUGUUGAACGUUCACGGAGAAUUAUGGAGUAUAUACAUAUUUGCCAACAAAGACUUGACAGAAGAACACUCUUUAGAAAUCUAUUUCUAUGUAUAAUAUUAAACGAUGGACAGGUUUUGACGAAAGGUCAGUUCAAUGUAAAUGCAACUUCAAGAUUUAUUAAAGAUAUUAUUGCCGACAAGAAGUCAGUGAGAAAGGCUCGAGCGUUAUUCAAUAAAUGUUAUAAAAACGAACAGCUUGAAAAUACAUUAUCACCAAAUAAUCGUACGGUAAACAUAGCCAUAUGUACCACACCAAUAAUACAUUUCUUUAGCCUACUACUACAAUGACAUCAGCUUUACUUCAUAUAUAUCUUGUGUAUUAAAACAAACGCUAGCAAUUUUAUUUAUUUAUUGAAUUCCUUCUACGAUUGUUUUACAGCCCUUAUAUCGUUUGAUCUCUUUCUGUUGACUUUUAUACUUAUGAUGAUAGUUCAAAAAAAUGCUGUUGUCCGAAAGAUACUAAAAAUAUCGAUAUCAAGCAAGAUGGGAAAUAAUUGUCUGAACAAGAUGUGUCUGUUUUGAAUUGUUUCAAGCCCACUUCAAUCGCCCAUUAAUAGUAUCAUUUAGUUAAAAAACCCGCUUAAAAAGAUUUAUCAAAAAGAAAAGUUUGAUUAAUGUUUAUCUGCAUUAUUUAUCUUUA